AAAAAUGUCCUCUUUUCUUGUUUUUAUGUCAAUUUCGCACUUACCUUCAAAACUUCGACCUUUCCAAAGUAGACUGUCUUCUCAAUUUCCUAACUACAAUUCAAACUUCUUUGGCCGACGAAGCUUUCUUUACCAAACUCCAUUUAUACCCCUUUAUUUCCAUACUUAUCAUAUAUCACCAGAAUUUCCAGUUCUUAAUCUCAAUUCUUUGGAAGAAAUGGCUUUUCAAAAGAUUAAAGUGGUUAAUCCCAUAGUUGAAAUGGACGGAGAUGAAAUGACCCGUGUCAUUUGGAAAUUAAUUAAGGAUAAGCUCAUCUUUCCCUUUCUGGAGUUGGAUAUAAAAUACUUCGAUCUUGGUGUUCCUCACCGUGAUGCCACAGAUGAUAAGGUUACAGUUGAAAGUGCUGAGGCUACUUUGAAGUAUAAUGUAGCAAUUAAGUGUGCAACCAUCACUCCAGAUGAGGGCCGAAUGAAGGAGUUUAACUUGAAGCAUAUGUGGAAGAGCCCAAACGGGACAAUUAGGAACAUUCUGAAUGGUACCGUGUUCAGGGAACCAAUCCUUUGCAAAAACGUUCCCCGACUUGUCCCAGGUUGGUCAAAACCAAUAUGCAUUGGAAGACAUGCUUUUGGUGAUCAAUAUCGAGCUACUGAUACAGUAAUUCAAGGACCUGGAAAACUAAAACUAGUAUUUGUACCAGAAGGGAAGGAUGAAAAGACCGAGUUCGAGGUUUACAACUUCACUGGUGCUGGUGGAGUAGCUCUGUCCAUGUACAACACAGAUGAGUCUAUUCGCUCUUUUGCUGAAGCUUCUAUGAACAUGGCGUACCAAAAGAAAUGGCCGCUCUAUCUUAGCACAAAGAAUACCAUCCUUAAGAAAUAUGAUGGAAGAUUCAAGGACAUAUUCCAGGAAGUUUAUGAGUCAAAUUGGAAGUUAAAGUUUGAGGGAGCUGGAAUCUGGUACGAACAUCGCCUCAUCGAUGAUAUGGUUGCUUAUGCUUUAAAAAGUGAUGGUGGUUAUGUAUGGGCGUGCAAAAACUAUGACGGGGAUGUACAGAGUGAUUUCUUAGCACAAGGAUUUGGAUCCCUUGGAUUGAUGACAUCGAUUCUGAUAUGCCCAGAUGGAAAGACCAUAGAGUCAGAAGCAGCCCAUGGAACUGUGACACGGCACUACAGGGUUCAUCAAAAAGGAGGUGAAACCAGCACGAACAGCAUUGCCUCAAUUUUUGCUUGGACUCGUGGACUUGCACAUAGGGCAAAGUUGGACAACAAUGCUGCACUCUUGGAUUUCACCAAGAAACUAGAAGCAGCUUGCAUCGGUGCAGUGGAGAACGGGAAAAUGACCAAAGAUCUAGCACUUAUCGUCCACGGAUCCAAGGUCGCUAGACAUCAAUAUGUGAACACUGAAGAGUUCAUCGACGCUGUGGCUGAUGAGCUGAAAGCUAGACUUCUGAAAGCAAAGAUUUAAGUGUCUGCAUAUAGAGGAGGAAAUUGUGCCAGAACUUUGUGAAUUGAUAAAUAAGACGCCAUUCCAUUGGCAGAGUUAUACCAUUUUACCUGUGAAAUUUACUCAGGAAUAGGAUUAGGAGGACAAUAACUAAUUUAUCCUCUCUUUUAUUCAAUAUUUUCUGCCUGGACUUUAACUCCGGCAGCCAGUAGAAAAUAUAAAGAACGUCUAGUUCUUUUUUGUUAUUAUGAUUGUUAUUAACUUAUGUAAUAUUAGACUGAUGGCGAUUCAAUAGCUGAUCGUAACUUGCUUGGGAUUAAGGCAUAACUCUUGUUGUUAUACUUA